GAAAAAAGGUUAACUUACCGUUUGACGUAUUCCCAAAACAACAAUAUCUCCUUUUCAACAACACUCAUCGUUUCACGACCGACAAACUUCGAUAAACAUCAGUUUAGCAUGAUGUUGAUUGUAAUUAAGAUUUAAUCGAAUAUUUUAUUACCUUUGUAGCGACCGACUAUUUGUCAGUAAAUUAUUAUUUACACCUAAUAAAUCAAAUAGUUUAUCAUAUUGUAUUUAUACAUUGCUAAUGUAGUUUUAAUGUAUAAAAGUUUUCAUUAAUUUUGUUUGACGCGGUCAGUCGUGUGAGGGGUCCGUACUGCGACUACCACACGUUCGGUACUUCAAACCCUAUAUUUCAAAUAGAGUUCAGGGUUAAAUACCAAUCGAUUCCCAUUCAUUAAAAUGGGCUUUUGAUUAUAUACCUCUAUAGAUGUUAGCCAUCGAAAACAAUAGUAUUACUGGGUCAAUGUUAAGUCAACCCGUAUUAUUCCAAUUCAUAAAUAUAAGUGUAUGCAAGUGUGUAAUUUUUUCAGCAUAUUUAAUUAAAUCAUAUUACUUAUAUAGUAACGUAAUUUUAUGUCCCUAUAACACAGUAAAAACUACGUGGUUAUAUUAUUCUCAAAUUUAUCAAAAGAGGUUCCAAUCACGUAAAAAUAAAUCAAACAUAUUUGCAGAAUUCAGUUGUUUUAAUUUUACAUUGACAAAUGUCAAAUCAAGUUAAGUUCAAUUGGACUGUUAAUUUUCUAAUAUUAUGUAAGUAAUUAAAUAAAGAAAUGGCGUUGAAAAAAUUACCUAACGAUGUUCAAUCGUUACUAUGUGCAUCUGCUCAAGUUAAUAGCUUCAAGAGGGCUAUCGAAGAAUUGAUUUACAAUUCACUAGACGCAGGAUCUACCUCGAUUGCGAUAAGAAUACACAUCCAAGAAAGUACAAUACAAGUUAUAGAUAAUGGACAUGGAAUAACAAAAACCGAUUUUCAUUUAAUCGGUCAAAGAUAUGUGACAAGCAAAAUUAUGGAUGUAGCAACUUUAAAAGCAGCUCCACAGAACUAUGGAUAUCGUGGGGAAUUCCUAGCUAAUAUUAUUGCAGUGUCACAAAUUGCUAAAGUCACAUCUAGGCAUGAGAGUUCUGAAGAUACGUGGGCCAAGAUAUUUUCACAUGGCAAAGAGAAGAAGUUUACCAAAAUGACAACAAGGCCUACAAAAGGAACUACACGUUACUCUGAAUCAAUCAAUGGUGACUUAAAUUACCGCUCUGCAGUAUUAGUUUUAGAACAAAUCUGA